AUGGGCCCCUGUACCGCCUCCUCAUGCUGCUGCCAGGCCCGUAAACUGCCAUGGGCCCCCGUACCGACUCCUCAUGCUGCUGCCAGGCCCGUAAUCUGUCAUGGGCCCCUGUACCGCCUCCUCAUGCUGCUGCCAGGUCCAGAGUGUGUCAUGGGUCCCUGUACGGCCUCCCAUUGCUGCUGUCUCCAUCGCCACACUCUGCCAUGUGCCACUUUCAGGUCUCCUCACACUGCUGGUGGGUUCCAUUUUGUCAUAGGUUGCUGUAUGGCCUCCCAUUGCUGCUGCCUCCACCGCCACACUGUGGCUCCACACUCUGGUUUUGGCCCCGUGACUGCCCAAAUGAGUGAAGUGUGCGGUGAUUCUAAGAUCGACGGCACUCAUCUGCAUGUCAUACUGACUGACAGUAUUAUUUCUCUUCCCCAGCAGACUCCAAGGGCAUUUAAAUUAAAGGUACAGUGUUCUGCACUAAUAUAA